AUGUCGAUUAAUCAAGCACAUUAUCAAAAUGGUCUAUUACUUUAUCAAGGUGAACAAAUUGUAAAUCAUUCUAAAAAUGUAACAUUAUCGUUUGAUGAUGCUAGCCGAGAAUGCAAUGAAUUAUUUCGUGGAAAACAUAAAGGAAUAAUGUUUGUAACAACUCAUCGAAUGAUAUUUCUUAGUAGUGAUCAACGUGAUAAUCUGAUGUCAUUUGCAGUGGCUUUUAUGUAUAUGAAAAAUUUACAUGUUGAACAGCCUUUAUUUGGUGCAAACUAUAUUUCGGGUGUAGUAGGUGCACAUCCAAACGGUUAG